GAGUACCUUCAAGACAAGCUCGGUGUUACCGCCGCAUCCUUCGCUCCUGCCGCCGUCUCCGCCGCACCCGCCGCCGCAGAAGCUCCGGUGGUUGUUGAGGAGAAGACGGAAUUUGACGUUAUCAUUCAGGAAGUGCCGAGUAAUGCGAGAAUCGCGGCGAUUAAAGCUGUUAGGGCUUUAACUAAUUUGGCUUUAAAAGAAGCUAAGGAGUUGAUUGAAGGCUUGCCGAAGAAGUUUAAGGAAGGAAUUUCUAAGGAUGAAGCUGAGGAAGCUAAGAAACAGCUUGAAGAAGCUGGUGCAAAAGUGUCUAUUGCUUAGAAAUUUGGGAAGUUGAAUGUACUUUUGGUAAAUUUGGAUUACUUUUAUUUAGCUAUUUUUCUUCUUUUUUUCUUUUUCAGAAAUAUAUUGUAAUGUUAUGUAUUACAGACUUCACUUGUUAGAUAUAGUUGUUCACCAAGUUUUGAACUCAAGAAUUUAUCACCAUCUCAA